AUGGAGAAAUCCAAGAACUUCCGAAUCGAGGAUCUGCUAAGAGAGCGCGCUCCGUGUGAGGCUCCGCCCCCAAGUGCUCUCUCGGGUCUGGGGGCGCGCGUGGGUCCUCUCCCCGUGCCCUCCCCGGUUGUGUACUCGAGCGCGCCGCUGUUCCCCGCAGUGCCCGCGCUUCACUACACCGGAAUCCCGCACUUCAGCCCCGCAUACGAGCCGUGGAUCCGCGCGAGCCUGCUUCUACCGCGACUCCACCCAUACACCGCAUCUCCUCAGCCGGGGUUGAUGGGAAAAUGUCGGAGGCCACGCACAGCAUUCACCAGCCAGCAGCUGCUCGAGCUGGAGAACCAGUUUAAACUCAACAAAUAUCUCUCACGGCCCAAACGCUUCGAAGUUGCCACGUCGCUUAUGCUAACAGAGACACAGGUGAAGAUUUGGUUCCAGAACCGCAGGAUGAAGUGGAAACGGAGCCGUAAAUCCAAGGAACAAGUGGAAGCGGCCCGAGAGAACAAAUCAACCAAUGAGAAUUCAGCAUCUGAGCCUCAGAGGGCGGGGCUUGGGAAACAGGAUGGAGAAGAAGAAGAAGAAGAAGAAGAAGAGGUGGAUGACAAAAAGGAAUUUAACAUGGACACACAACACUCUGACUUUUUGCAGAAGGACGUUGAUAUCCGAUACGCUUCUGAUGACGACGUGGAUGACAUGAGAAAAAAGGGGGUGGGGUUAUAAGGAGGAGAUAAGGAACCAGUCAGAGACAAGGAUGAGUCUGUUUGCUCAGAAUCGUGGAGGUGAUGUGAUGAGCAGUGCUUUUUUAGCAUCCUGGCUUAAACUACUGUGAAAUACUGAACUGAUUUUAAUGUUACACCUGAGUCCUGAACACUAACCAAACACUAAAUGUAGCCUUUAGAGUUCUCAGUUCUAAUACAGGCUUCACCCCAAACACCAAACAACAUCAUUUAACUAAAUAUCCUACUGAACACACAUUAUUUAUCACCAGUCUUUAGUAGUCUGAUUUAUUUCCACCAACUACUACAUUUAUACAUUAACAAAGCAAAAUUGUAGCACCAAAGAAAGACAAAAUCAGAAAACAUAAAACAG